CCCACCCUAACCCCUGUUUGGAUUUAGUGGGCUUAAGCCUAAAGGAAGAGAGUGGGCUUUACCACGAUGGAGUGAUCUCAAUCUUUGUGCCGGUCUCCUAGGCGAGAAGACCGGGAUCAGAAGGCCCUACUCUCUCUGAACUGCUUUGGUUAUCCUUUUUCUUCUCCAAUCAAAUCUCUACAAUUUCACUGCUACCUUCUGCUUAAGCUCUUUGCUUCAUUUCAUGGAUUUCUUCAUGCCCAACAUAUAAAAACUCUUUCGAGUUUGCAUAAUAAAUUUCCCAAAGAAAAAGCUGCACUCAAACGAUAGGCCAACAGAGCGCCAGAGCCAGAGGGAGAGUGGUUUUGCGUUGCCUCUGCAACUGUUUGAUUGACACUCACGCAGAUGGAUAGGUACCAGAGGAUCGAGAAGCCUAAGGCGGAUACGCCAAUAAAUGAGAAUGAGAUUCGCAUUACCACUCAGGGUAGGAUGAGAAAUUAUAUUACCUAUGCCACCACUCUCCUCCAGGAGAAAGGGUCUAAUGAAAUCAUUCUUAAAGCCAUGGGCAGAGCUAUAAAUAAGACAGUAAUGAUUGCAGAGUUAAUCAAGAGAAGAAUUGUUGGUCUGCAUCAGAACACUGCAAUUGAAUCAACUGAUAUAACUGACAUGUGGGAGCCACUAGAAGAAGGCCUUCUUCCUCUUGAGACUACUCGACAUGUUUCAAUGAUUACGAUCACUUUUUCAAAGAAGGAGCUGGAUACAUCCUCCACAGGAUAUCAACCUCCUAUUCCGGUUGAUCAAGUGAAGCCAUUGAAUGAAUUUGAAGAUGAAGGAGAAGGCUCACCAAGAAUGCGAGGAAGGGGAUAUGGUAGUUGGGGAAGAGGAAGGGGCAGAGGGAAUUACAAUGUAGGAGGAGAUUAUAAUGGUGAUGGUUGGGAUGGUGGGCAUGGCUAUGGUGGCAGAGGUAGAGGCCGUGGUAGAGGCCGUUUUCUUCGAGGCCGAGGCCGUGGUCGCGGGCGAGGAUUUGGUGGUCAAUCAAGUGGAUACUAUGACUAUGGUGAAUUUGAGGCACUGCCUGCCCCUCGUCGUGGGCGUGGUCGUGGCAGGGGAAGGGGCCGUGGGCGUGGUCGUUCUUUCAGGUCCGAGGGCCCUGCUCAAGCAGGAGCUGCCUGAGCGGCAUCUGUGGGAAAACUAUAAUGUAGGUGUGCAGUUGAAAAAUGAUACUUGGAUGCCUGCUCUGCUUGUGUUUUGGUGAAUUUGGUGAUAAUUUAUGGGCAUUGUCUUAAAAGUUUGAAGUUGUGAAAGUGUUCGAGCCAUGGUGCUUACAGUUUUGUCUCUCUGUAGGUUGUGGUGUAGGAUUAUUUUUGUAGUUAUUAUUGCUGAUCAGGUGCUUAGCAUGCUGGGCAAGGUUGUACAUGCAUUUUUUUUUCCUAUAUAGGAAUGAUAGAGCAGUACAUUCUUUUAUUCUUAAUAACAAAAAUAGAAGCUGCAUACUGAUGUUAACGGUGCA